CUUUUUCCCGAAGUCGGUGAGCGUCAAAAAUUUCGUUGUUUUGUUCCUACCAAAUCCGUUCCGAAAAUAAUUACCAAUUUUCAAUUUAUUUAAAUCAUGGAUGUCAAAGAAUGCAACGAUUUAGCCGAAGAAAAUCAAUUUAUAGUUGAUGAUGUGAGUAAAAUUAUAAAAGAAGCUAUAGAAAAUUCUAUUGGAGGCACUGCAUAUCAACACAACAAAGUUAAUCAAUGGACGUCUGCUGUGGUGGAGUCAUGUUUGGGACAAUUGACCAAGUUGCAAAAACCUUAUAAAUACAUAGUGACAUGCACAAUAAUGCAGAAAAAUGGUGCAGGCUUACAUACAGCCUCCUCUUGUUUCUGGGACAAUAAUACUGAUGGAUCUUGUACUGUGCGCUGGGAAAACAAAACCAUGUAUUGCAUUGUAUCCGUCUUUGGUCUUGGUAUCUAACAAUUAUUAAUUUUUAAAAUAAGUAAACUUCAACAUAGCCAAUAUUGCAAUUUUAUUAGGAAGAUCAAGCUUCAGAAGGAUGAAUUAUUGCAUGCGAUAACAAGCAAUUUACUUAGACAAUUAUUUAAAGUAUUG